GAGCUGGGCGGCGACUGUGAAGAGCAGCUUGCUUUAUAACACAUGCCACCAAACCAUCAACACACUGUAUGUUGCAUUAGGCGCUCAAAGAAGAAUAAACCGAAAAUCUUUUGAAAGAUGCCGGCAAGUAUAAGUCUUCUGUGGAUUUGUGCGAUGAUUCCCUCUGUGAUCACUCUGGAAUUCAAACACCACAGUGCGAAAGAUUUGGAAUCGUUUUUACAGCGAGUCCACACAUCCUGGCCGUCAAUUACCAACUUGUAUAGCAUUGGCAAAUCUAUCGAAGGUGUUGAUCUUUGGGUUCUGGCAAUUGGAAAACACCCAAACGAGCACACUGUGGGGACCCCUGAAGUGAAGUAUAUCGGGAACAUCCAUGGUGAUGAGCUUGUGGGCAGAGAAAUGUUGCUCCACUUAAUUGAGCAUCUGGUUGAAAAUUAUGGAACGGAUCCCACCAUAACUGAGAUAAUAAACAGUACCCGGAUUCACAUCAUGCCAUCCAUGAACCCAGAUGGUUAUGCAAUGACUGAUCUAGAAGGAUAUUGUGUUUCUUCUUCUGGCAGACACAACAAAGCGGGCAUUGAUCUGAACAGAAACUUCCCCGAUUAUCCUCAACAGGACAAGUUACUAUUGCAACCAGAAACGGAGGCAGUAAUAAACUGGAUUUUGAAUGAAACUUUUGUUCUGUCCUUGAGUUUGCAUGGGGGAGCUCUUGUAGCCAGCUACCCAUAUGACAGCCUUAAAGGAGGCAUUAACAAACAAAACAACAGCACAUGUCCUGAUGACGAUGUCUUCAUUCAACUUGCAAAGAACUUCUCCUACAACCAUGCAGGAAUGUUCUAUGGAGAUGAAUGUGAUGGCACACCAACUUUCAAAGAUGGAAUUACCAAUGGAGCUGGCUGGUAUCCUUUUGAAGGUGGAAUGCAAGACUACAACUACGUGGUGGGACAGUGCUUUGAACUAACUAUAGAGCUAUCAUGUUGUAAAAAUCCUCCAGCAUCUGCAUUGGAGACCUUCUGGAAUGAAAGCCACAUCUCCCUACUUAAUUUCUUCCAAACCGUUCAUUUAGGUGUGAAAGGACAAGUCCUUUAUAGUGAUGGUAACCCCAUUGAAAAUGCAACUGUAAAGGUUCAAAACAGGGAUAACAUCAAUCCUUUUCGAACAAAUCAAAAGGGAGAAUAUUAUAGGCUUCUGUUGCCUGGAACAUAUACCCUGGAAGUGACUGUGCCGAAAGGUCAUUCACAGUCAGCCAACGUGAAUGUUGUUAAUGAAGUACCAAAUUUCUCUGCUUUGGUCGUUAAUUUUCAUUUCCCCGUCAGCGAUGGGUCUUUAACAACUGAAAAGUAUCAAGGUUCAAACAUAGCCAGCAAUGUAGAACAAAGCAUAAUUAUUUUAAUCUCUUCUGUACUUCUCAGUUUUAUUCACUUUUAAUUCGUUAGUUAAGGAUGUUUCAACAUUGUAAACAUACUCUGCAACCAAAUUAAUUUUCACGAGACCCAUUCAGGAUCUCAUAUCAUCCUAAUUAUGCUUGUUAACAUGACAAUCAAGAAGGCAAAAAGGUCAACGUUUUGAUUUUAAUCAUGCUUCAGUCAAAUUUCAGCUAAAUGAUGAAAUGUAUGCAUUUACACAGUAUGACUACAUACUUAACAUGGUGGUAUAAAUGAAAUACUAUUGAUUAUAUGAUCAUGCACUUGCCUGCAAUGUAAAGAGACUCAGCCAUCAGAGAUUACCGGUGUAGGAAUCUAGAACAAACAUAGAACACUGGAAAAACACAGCAGGGGCAAAAUAUGUAAGUUGGCAUUUUGGUUUGAGACACUGCUUGACCAGCUGAGUUCUUCUAGCAUUCUGUUUUCGCAAUUGCACAAUUAAUGAACAUUUCGAUAUUCCACAAUUAAUGAACAUCUGAUUAACAAAUACUUACUAUAAUGCUGUUGACUCUUUACACUCUACAUCCUUGUCUCGCAAGGCUUUGUUCACUGUAUAAAAAAGUGUGUCCAUUUCUGUUCAUGAAGCAUGUUGCGAAACACUGCUUCCCAUGCCUUUAUUAUUUCAUCAAUGUCACAGAAUUUUGAGAUUGCACCUAAACUAAAAAACACAAGCUGCAACUAUCAAUACUAAGUUGGAUGUAAUUCAUUGUAAUUAGUGAAAAAAGAUGAUUCUGGACAUCAGUUGCUUGUGAAAUCCUGUAAGGCAAUUAUUAACAAGCAAAGUAGUUGAUAGUGCCCAAAAUUUUAACCUUGGAAAUGCAUUAUGUAUUACCAAAGGUAUAAUGGAAAAGGGUUAAUCUCCAGAAGACCAGAAUUGAUAGCACAUGCCCCUGAGUUUGUUGAUGAUCCAAAUUAAAAUGAGAUUGUUAUGGCAAGGUUUAAAAAAAAACAAGGGGUGAUGGAUCUUCUGAAA